GGAGGACAGUCCAGUGGAGGACAGUCCAGUGAUAAACAGGAAGAGAAAGUUGCUGGUGCUGAGGACCUAAUGCAAACUUCUGCUGACUCUCUUGAACUAGAUAACAGUAAGGAGGAAUCAAAAUGUGGUGCUGAGAAAGAAGCACAACAAGAAGAAAGUUUAAUGAUGGUGUCUGUAGAAUCAGCUGCCUGGAGCAUGGGCAGUUCAGGGGGCACAGGUCACUCUAUGUCCGAGUCACACACAGACUCCAGUCAGUCGCAUGACAUCAUGCAAGUCUCCACAGAGUCCGAUCAACUGAAACCAGGAGCUGGAUCUGAGAAAACAACUAUUGUAUCCGAACAUAGGACUGAGAUUAUAUCAGAAGGUUUACAUCAGUAUCAGAAACUGGAGCACCAUCUUCAUUGGCAACAAGAAGAAAGUACCGUUGAGUACAUGAGCAGUGGAGCUAAGCCAAUCUCAACAAGUAAACCACUCUCUGACACCAAAUCAAAAUUCAGAAAAAAAUCUCCAACUUACUUUGAUGUCGAAGAAAGUGAAAAAAUAGAAAAAAGGGUCCUAACGGACAGCAAGACAAAAGCCAAAAGAGAAUCACCCAAGCAUCAUCAUGAGACAGAAGAAGUGGAAAGAGAGGACAGUCCAUUUUUAGCUUGGGGACCCUAUCAAGAAACGAAGAAAGUUUACACAAUGGUGGAAUGGGAGGAGAUGAAGCGAUUGAAGAGAGAAAAACAAGAACGAGAAGCCAAAUCUUCUGCCCUUACCUCAUCCUCCCCGGACCUGUCCCAAGAAGAUAAACAUUCCUCCUCGUCCCAAUCCCCUCCCUCC